UUUUGCCACUGUAUAUAAACACAUGAGCACCAGAACUAGUAAAAGUAGUGUCUUGAGAACUUCAAUCUGGAAGAAGAAGUAUAUUUCUCUCAUGGAUCUAAAGAGCCCUUCGAACCAUCUCUUGACACUUCUGCUGCUCACGUUCCUUUUCUCUCUGGAUGCUGUUCCCCUUUCAAGAACUCUUUCACUAAGUAACCAAGAUGCAGCAGCAAUAACAAAGGUGGCAAAUCAGAUGACCAACCAACAAAUGGAAGUUGCUGAAAGGAGGAUGGAUGUCGAACUCCAUGACUACCCCGGUUCAGGUGCAAACAGUCGUCACGAUCCUAAGAACCCGGGGAGAAGUUAGAUCACUCUCCUAAUGAGUAGAUUGGAAAGCGAGAGUAACAAUUAUCAUAGCAAUAUAUUGUGACCUGUCUCUAUUUGGUGUCUUUUGGCAUGUAAUGUAUCCACUAAUGUACUAGCUAGCUAGACUUAAUAGUCAAUAAUCUUGCUUGUGGAGAAGAUCAAA